AUGCUCGAGAGUCAACAAGCGCAACUUGUCGCAGGUCUACAAGAACUGUACAAGCGGAUACAAAACGGCCAGGGCUGGCCAGGCUCGCCGUUGACCGAGACCAGCCAUGGCAUGCCCUUAACCCAUGACAUUCUUGAGCGACUCGGCGUGUUGAAGCUAGAUGGCCACGCCACCAACGAAGUGUUCGAGGAGGAUCUUACCGUCCUACAGCAGAGACUUAUUGCCGAAGGCGCCGGCUUCAUGCAACGACAGCCUUCUAUGGAGUCACAUUGCGACAGCAGCACUAUAAGCGCCCCGUCACCCAUCUCCGAACCCAUGGCUGCGUCGAGGCCGAAUUUCUCCAAUCCAUUCAACUUCACCAAGUUCCCUCCUACUCCUCCCAACCAGAGUCCUUUUCCGCAAACGGCUCAAGCCCUCCAGCAGCAACAACAACAACAACAUCCAACCAAGUCACAUACGUAUCCUCAUGCGACAACGCAUCAAUCAAAUCUCAGCUGGAACACCCCGGCCUCGGAUCUGGAUGACAGCAUGGAUUUCUUAACUCAAUUCGAAUCGCCAAUGGUGGACGCUUCGUCCCUGGACUUGAAUUCUUUCCCUCCAACCAUGUUUCAAACCCCGAUUGUCCCUGCCGCCAUCAAUCCCUGUCUUACGAUGAAGGACUGGUCCGGCCAGGAGGAUCCUCAACUAUACUUUAGUCCGACCAUGAUCUAG